UUUAAGCGCUCAAAGUAUAUAACCAAACCCACGACGGUCGGCGAUGGCGAAGAGUAGAGUUUUGAUAAUCGGAGCGACGGGAAAUCUAGGGUAUCAUCUCGCUAACGCAAGUCUCAGUUAUGGUCAUCCAACAUUCGCUCUCGUUAGAGAAUCCGCGUUUUCUCAGCCCGAGAAAUCUCAGAAAAUCGAAGCUCUCUCUAGUGCUGGAGUGAAACUCUUGAAGGGCUCGCUACAAGAUUUCUCGAGCCUCAUUGAAGCGGUUGAGCAAGUUGAUGUAGUCAUUUCUGCAGUUUCAGGGAAGCAGGUACUCGAUCAGAAGCUCCUUAUACGAGCUAUUAAACAAGCUGGAUGCAUCAAGAGGUUCAUUCCAGCAGAAUUUGGGGUAGAUCCUGAUAAGAUUCAGAUAUCCAACCUUGCCUAUGACUUCUAUUCCAGGAAAGCUGAAAUCCGACGCAUUAUAGAAACUGAAAGCAUUCCCUACACAUACAUUUCCUGCAACUUAUUUACAAGCUCUUUACUUCCAACACUAGCUCAACCAGGCCUUAGGACCCCUCCCAGAGACGAAGUCAAAAUAUUUGGAGAUGGAAAUACUAAAGCUGUCUUCGUAAAGGAAACUGAUGUUGCAACCUUUACGAUCAACACAGUGGACGAUCCCAGGACUCUAAAUAAAGUAUUGCAUCUUAGGCCCCUGGGGAAUGUUUACUCCAUGAAUGAGCUGGUUGAGAUUUGGGAGACUAAGAUUGGGAAGAAGCUUGAAAAGAUCUAUAUAUCAGAAGAGCAGCUUCUUAAGAACAUUCGAGACACUCCUUACCCAAACAACAUGGUGAUGAUCUUCAUGUAUUCUGCUUUCAUAAAAGGAGAUCAUACUUACUAUGAUAUCAAGUCAUCCGGCGGUGUAGACGGCACUGGUCUCUAUCCAAACGUGAAAUACACUACAAUCAGCGAGUAUUUAGACACACUGUUGUAAGAUAUAUUCUCUUCCAAAUGCUGUGGUAGCCUUUUCUUUUUUCUUUUGUAAUUGAUAGAAUCUUCAUAAAUAUGAAAUGUAUGAACUAAUAUAGGCAGACUAGCAAGA